AUGUAUCCUGGUGACGGUGCCAGUGCCCCACAAGAGCGAUGGAUUGGGGCGUGUCCACCUCGGCAAAAGGCUGCUAUAGACGUAAUUGGGGUUGCUAUGUUCAAUAUUUCCAAAUCCUCAUUGUUAGCAGGUAGCAGUUUGUAUUUGUUUUCAACCAAUGACGUUACUUUAGUAGCUUCCUUUGGUGGAUUCGCCAAUGUAACUGCUAACCAGCAAGUAUAUGAAGGUGAGGUGAUUGGUACAGUGUUAAAGUCUAGUUGUACACCGAAUAUUAUCCAUCUAACAAUGACAAGAAUAGGCGAAAACACGUAUCUAAAUCCCCAACCUUUUUUGGAAAGAAGAGAUGUCAAUAGCACAUGGAAAGAAGAAAAUAAUGCUUAUUUUUAUUACUUCCUGAUAGGUUUUGUCACCACAAUUGUCACAUUACUGUCAUCCUUUGCCAUCCAGAGAGCUGCAUAUAUAGACAAAGAUGAUGAGAUUGCUGUAUCUUGUGAUGGGUAUUUGGACGAAGAAAGCGGUCAAUAUGCAUUUCAACUAUACGAUGGACAAUAUUGUGGGGCAGAUGGAUGUACUGAUGGUGAUAAUGAUUAUAUAGAAUUAGUGAGAUGGAUGUCACGUAAUGGUUUCAAAGGAGCUUUAUUGAAACCAGCAAAUUUUAAAGAAACUGGUCGUGGUCUGAUGGCAACAAAACCAUUUCAGCACACUGGAGUUCUUUCCAAGCUUUCCUUGAUUUACAAAAUGCCUAUCUACUUUCAGAUCGGUGAUCAAGUAAUAUCAAUUCCAGAGAUGUUGUUAAUUACGACUCAGAAUGUUCUCAGUAGUUACCUUGGCGAUUUUAUAAAGCAACAAACCAGACCAAAGUUAUCACCAAUGCAAGUUAUCUGUACAUACCUCAUAUGUGAACGAUCUAGACAAAAAGAUUCCUUUUGGUACAACUACAUUAAAGUUCUCCCAAAGAGCUAUUCCAAUCCUGUGUACUUCACGAAUGAAGAAAUCAAUUGGUUACCAAGGCGCAUCAAACGAAAAGUUUUUGAUGAGUGUGAAAAGAUAAACACUGCUUACAGGGAACUCAAAAAUUUGUUCUCAAUUUUAGAAUCAACUUUUGUGAGUUUUAAGGGAAUAUUUGAGUAUUCUGCAUUCAGGUGGGCGUGGUGUACCGUCAACACAAGAUCUGUGUACAUGUUACAGGAACAGAAUCCACAUCUAUCAAUCGAACGUGAUCACUAUGCUCUUGCUCCUUUCUUGGAUUUAUUAAAUCAUACAAACACAGUGGAGGUUAAGGCCUCGUAUAAUCCUGUAUCAAAAUGUUAUGAAAUUUUCACAUGUACAGCUUGCAAGAAAUAUGAUCAGAUGUUUAUUUAUUAUGGUCCUCAUGACAACGUUAAAUUAUUUAUUGAAUAUGGUUUUGUUCUUCCCCAAAAUCAACACAAUGUUGUUGAACUUGAUUUCGAGGAUAUCUAUUGUAAGACAUGUGAAGAGAGAAAACUGCUUCGAAACAAACUUGAUUUCUUCCAAUCUCAUAACUUGACUACUAAACUGACAUGUAGCUUGGAUGGGUUGUCAUGGAAACUGGUGACUGUAUUGAAGAUUCUCUCAAUGUUGAACACUGACAUGUAA